UCAUGACAUGUUACAUCAUCAGCAGGUGAAAUUUCCAUAAUAUGUCUUAAGAAGCACAUUGUAGGAGGGGUGUGUGUCUGUGUGUGUGGGGGGUCCUCUCAUGUUGAGAUGUGUUUGGAGCACCCACAACAGGGGAACCUCAGCCCCGCUGCCACAGCGGGAUCCAGCAGGGAGCUUAAUGAAACGUGCCUCCCUGUGGACGCACGGCUGUGGUGGUGGCCAGCCCAUUCACUCAGACUGCGAUGUGGAGGUCAGUCGCGCAUCAGUACAACGUGCAGCGCACUCCUCUUUCUGAAAAAUCCCACUUCUUGCAGCCUUUGUCCAUCAGAGACGCUGCUCGGAAUUUCGCAUAGCUCUCCGGCGCCGCAUCCCGCGAGUCACGUCCCGCUGCGUGGACCCAUUUUUUGGGUGGCAGGUGUCCCGGUGCAUCGACGUCCGGAUUGCAACUACUGCUCUCAGCUGGACUGUUGCUUCACGGUCACUUUGCUUCUAUGCAGCAAACUCGGGUAGAAACGGUGCCAUGCUGAACUGUCAGUAGAGGUUAUACUCUCAGUCAACAGAGGGUCAUAGCCGCAAGCACAUUACCUCCCUCCUCCUCCUCUCAGCCGGAAAGAGUCGUCCGUCUCCCUGCAGUGGUCUAAAGCGUCAUUGAAGACAGACAGCCAGCGUAGGGGGUUCUCCCUGUCAGAGUGUGCGUGCUGGUGCCUUUAGAGUUCAACGCCCCCAGCCCUUCAAUUUGUGUGUGUGUGGUGAUGUGUGGCCUAAGAGGAGCACUUUAAGUCAGCAAAACGGGAUCCAGCCCAUGAGUCUCCCUGUGAGCUGAGUCGUUGACCAGGCUAUGAAGGAGAGCUGCUCUAAACUAGGCUGAGUAUAGCAAGAGGACGAUCUGUAGGAAGAGCAGGCAGCCAUGGGGCUCGGACAAUCCAGCAAGAACCCGGUCACUGAUGACAGGGAUGAGGUCAAUUUUGACCAUUUCCAAAUUCUGAGGGCUAUCGGAAAAGGGAGUUUCGGAAAGGUCUGCAUAGUGCAGAAGAAGGACACCAAGAAGAUGUACGCCAUGAAGUACAUGAACAAGCUCAAAUGUGUGGAACGGAACGAAGUGAGGAACGUCCUAAAGGAGUUGCAGAUCAUGCAGAACCUCGAGCAUCCUUUCCUGGUUAAUUUCUGGUAUUCGUUUCAAGAUGAAGAGGACAUGUUUAUGGUAGUGGACCUGCUCCUAGGGGGAGACUUGCGAUACCACCUCCAGCAGAAUGUGCACUUUUCUGAAAGCACGGUGAAGCUGUACAUCUGUGAAUUGGCCCUGGCUUUGGGAUACCUCCGCAGUAAGCACAUCAUACACAGAGACAUCAAACCUGACAAUAUACUGCUGGAUGAACACGGGCACGUCCAUCUUACAGACUUCAACAUUGCAGCCAUUGUAAAAGAAGACCUGAAGGCAACAUCAAUCGCUGGAACCAAACCAUACAUGGCUCCUGAGCUAUUUCAGAGCUUCGAAGGGUCCCAUCCUGGCUACUCCUUCUCUGUCGACUGGUGGUCCCUAGGGAUUACAGCCUAUGAACUACUGAGAGGACAGAGACCGUUUGUGAUGAGAUCCAACACACCAUCUAAUGAAAUUCUUCAAAUGUUCCACAAAGUCCAUCCCACCUACCCUGCGGCUUGGUCCUUGGAAAUGAAGUCUCUUCUCAGAAAGUUGCUGUGCAUCGAUGUCCAGAAGCGCAUAUCCUGUCUUGCAGAGCUCCAAGAUCUGGACUACAUGUCGGAUGUCAACUGGGAUGCAGUGCUCAGCAAACAGCUUCCUCCAGGCUUUAUUCCCAAUAGGCGGAGACUAAACUGUGACCCCACCUUUGAACUGGAGGAAAUGAUCCUGGAGUCCAAGCCACUUCAUAAGAAGAAGAAAAGACUAGCUAGAAAGACCAGGGAACAAGGAUCUGAUGGAUCCCCACAGAAUGGGCAGCUCCAGCAGCGUUUGGACAAUGUCCAGAGGGACUUCAUUGUCUUCAACAGAGAAAAGUCAAGAAAGGCUGUGGUGGACUCUUCUGAAUUAUCCACAAGCGAGAAGAACAAGGCAAUAGAGGAUGGCCAGAACAACAACUUUGAACCAGCUGCCUAUUUAUCAGGAUAGGCUUCUUGCUCUCAGAUACCCACCUCAUCAUUUGCACUUGCCUACAGCUUGCAGCUGAGCAACUUACAAGCAAAGCAUGUCGUUCUGUCAGCACAUGCACUCUCACUUGGUCUUCUAUGUUCCUGCGCUCGUAUUAGUCAGUAAAAUUUCAAGAGCAGCACUGUGCACACUUAUUUCUCACCAUUCAAUCCAAAAAGGCGCAAGACAUCGCAAGCCAGUGAAGUAAUAUGGACUUCCUGGGAGGCAGCCAUGUCACCGACUGACUGAUGGACCUGCUUUGCUCUCACCAAACGGCUCAACUCCCAGCCGAGUCACUCAUAUAAUGCUUUCCUACAACACUGUGGUGCUCUUAUGUCUGUUCAGCCUGUAGCAAGAAGCCAGAUAAGCCAUUUCCAAAAAAAUAAGACAACAGAGCACCUCCACCUGAAUGUACUGGCAUCAGUUUUGAGAUGAAAAACUUUCUAGGUAAUUAUGGUCAUUUAAAUAUAAUGUUGCAGUGGGUUGUACCACAUAAUAGAGUCAUACUUUUACAGAAUUUAUAGGUUAUUUUUAUAAAAGUUAGAAGUUUCUUUCUGAAAUUUUCCCCAAACUUACCAGGUACCUUCCAGAACUGUAUUUUGUUCUGGAGCUUUCUUAGAAAUAAUCAGGUUCCCUUCCUGAUAAUUUAGCAGAACUUUCCUGGUACUUCCUCAGACCCUACCAGGCACUUUCUGGAACUUACUAGAUUAUUUCCUGAAACUCAAGGUAAAUAUUUGAAACCUACCUGGUAUUCUGGAUAUCUCCUGAUAAGUUCCACAACCUAACCUCUACGUUUCAUGAAAGUUACCUCUAAGUUCUGAGAAAGUACCUGGUAUGUUCAGGAGAGUAACUUGUAAUUUCUGUGAAGUCCCUGAUAGGUUCUGGAAAAAAACUGGUAACCUCUAACUUCAAAGAGCAACAUCUAAGUUCUGAUAAACCUGAUAAGUUCUGGAAAGAAUCUGGUAAGUUCCAGAAUGUGACCUUUAAAUUUCAGGAUAGUACCCUCUAAGUAGCCUCUAAGUUCUAGGAAAACACUUGGUCCGUUCCAAGUGAGCUGUGAAUUCCACAGAGUAACCUGUAAGUUCUGUGAAAGCAGUAGUGGCGCCAAAUUUAAAGUGGUUCUCCAGUCCCCUUAUGUAUAAAAAUCCAAGGAGAUGAGCUUAAAGCAAAUAAUGAUAAACCAUUGAGUAGGAACAUUUUUCCUCUAUGAUCCAUAUGACACUGGAUACAAGCAUGCCAGAAGUAGCAUAAUUAAACUGCUAAUCCUAAUAGACAAAAAUAACCCUUUUUUAGCGACAACUGGUCCGAAUUAAACUAGAGGCUUGAACAUGAAUGGCUUGCUUUUUCAGGCAAUAUAUAAAUAUAGUGAUCCUGAUGCUUAGCUUGCCUAAUUAAGCCAUCAGUGAUGAUAGGGUUUUAGUAUUUAGUAUCAUGCAGCAUUUCAGACCAUAAAAAAAAUAGCAAAAGCUGAAAGUUUUUUGAUCUUGAUUUGAUCUCACAGUUUAGGUAUUCAGUUCUAGAAAAAAACAAAUGAAAUGAACUUGAAAGUCUGUUCUGAAAUUUGGUCACGAAAUUUAACUGUUACAUCAAGAAUACAAAACCUGAUUAAAUCUUUUUGGAAACCAGGAAACUAAAUGUUUCUAUGUUGAAUAAAUCUUGGCCUUGGUCUCCAAAUGACCUAUUAGUGAUACAAAGAGAAAACUACGGUUCUGCUCUGCACUAAAUGUCACUUUGCACAUACUUUUUCAUUAAUGAUAGCAUUUAUGCACAAGUAAUAAGAAAAUAAUGCUGUGAAUGAAUAAAUCUUCCCUUAGGGAUAGACAUUAAUUUAGAGAUUCAUUUUAUCAGUUAGUGUCUACAUUUUCGGCCGGAUGUGUGUUAAUAUAUUUUCUUUUUUGUGUUGAUUUCAACCUGUUAUGUACUAUAUACAAUGAUUAUUUUCAAUCUGUCUCUGCACACCAUUUGUAUAAUAUUCAACAACAGUCUUGGAUUCCACUACUGGCACGUGUGAGGCAACAUAAAAAUCUCUAGUUGUUAUUAGAAUAAACAUUUCUCAUCACACCUUACCCAAAAUCUAUUUCCCAGCUGACACUUGCAGAGGGAUGCCUUACAGAUAUCACACAAAGCUAAUUUCUGUAUGUUAAAGUAAUGAAAUCUUCUCUUAAGUUUUAAAUAGAAAUAUAAAUCCUAAUGAUGCCUCAUUGCUCCACUGACCCCUGCUGUUAUCUAGCUGCAACUUGAGUCAAUCCUUUCAAGUCUAUUUAUUGUAAUUACUUUUAAAAUAUAUUUAGUUCUUUAAAUUUAUUAGUAAUGGCACUUUUAUAUUUAAGAUUGGUGAAAUAAGUUGACUUACCUUUGUGUUCUUGCAGUUCUUGUUAGGGAUGUAAUUUUACAAAUCCAAAGAUGGUACCUUGUGUAGGUUGUAGGACAUACUUGGGAUAGUUAAGUGAGUGGUCGGAGCUUGUUUUACCUGAUGUAAAUAAUAUUUGGGAAUAAUUAUUCUAACUUGUUAAUCUAAAGUAGUGCAUGACUACCAAACAAGUUGAGAAUAUUGAGUAAAAUCAAUGAUAUUCAACAAAUAUGAUUUCAGACAUUGACACAUUUGAAUAAUCAUUUACAAUUAGUUUUUAAGCCAAGUAAUUACAUUUAAAAAGGAAAAAUCUUCACCCUAAACAUAAUUCUAAUCUUUUAUUCUGAUGACAGAAUUGUACCACAACUGUGAAUUUCACCCAUGUUUUGUCCUUUAGUUGUCACUCUGUAUUUACUGUGAGCAAUUGUGAUGAAGUUUAAACUUUUAAUGUGUGCCUUAAAUAAUAUAUUUCAUUUUUGGAAACAA